AUGGGGUUUGGACGAAGAUGGAGGGGUUGGGUAAUGGAGUGCGUUGGUACAUGUUCUAUGUCAGUGCUGAUUAACGGCUCGCCUUCUAAGCCGUUCAAGAUGGAAAGGGGACUGCGACAAGGUGAUCCACUGUCUCCUUUCCUAUUCGUACUUGUUGUUGAUGUGCUACAUAGGAUGAUUGGAGAGGCUGUUAGAAAUGAUCGUAUAUCACCGUUGUUGGUUGGGAGAGAUCAUAUAGAAUUGUCGCACCUUCAGUUCGCAGAUGAUACAAUUUUGUUUUGCCCACCUGAGGAAGAGACCAUCAAGAAUUACAGGAGGCUGCUUCGUUGCUUUGAGUUGAUGUCAGGUUUAAGUAUUAAUUUUGAUAAAUCUAGCUUGUUUCCUAUUAACUGUAACGAGCAGUGGGUACAACUUUAUUAUUUGAGCCUAUAUAAGAUGCCUAAGGCUGUCGCAGAGAAGUUGAUUUCCUUGCAGAGAAGAUUCUUUUGGAGUAAGGAGGAUGGGAGGAAUGGUAUGGCUAUGGUUAAGUGGGAAGUGGUGCAGGCUCCUAAAAGGCUAGGCGGAUUGGGAGUUGGAGAUGCUUUGAUCUGCAACACAGCUCUUUUGUUUAAAUGGUGGUGGCGCUUUUCGAAGGAGGAGUGUCCGUUGUGGAAGAAGGUAAUGCAGGCGGAAAUGAUCCCGGAGGAUAUCACAAGCUAUAGCUUUACUAAAACUAUCUGGAAAGGUCUAGUCCCGCCACGAGUGGAGUUGUUUGUUUGGUUUGUUUUGACUGGCAGAGUCAGCACAAAGGAGAGACUGAGUCGGCUUGGGGCUAUUAACCAACAAGGAGCACUUCUUAAGUUGGACAGAGACAUCACAAAGGAAGGCGGAGUGCAAGAAAUGGAUGGUGUGCUUUUGUGCGAUUACUUGGAACUUAUGGCUGGAAAGGAACAGGAGGAUCUUCUAGAAUAA